AUGUCAGCUGGUACCAAGUUUUUGAUUCUGAUUUUGAUAGUUCAAUUUGCAUGUUCCAUCGUUUUUGGAAAUCACGAAAACCCAGAUCAGUGUGCACAUAGUAGUGAUGUUUGUAUUCCAUAUUUGAUUCAGCCAUGCUGUGAAAGAAGCGACAUAUGUCAAAAAGGAGUGACACAAAACAUAUUUUUUUGCAUGGAAGCAGAUAUAUUAGGAAAGUCUUGUGAAAAUGAUCUUGAUUGUUACAGAAUUAGCAACGCAAUAUGUUCAAAAGAAGAUAUAUGCGUUUGUAAAUCAAACUAUGUUCCGGAUGAGAACAAUUCAACAUGUUUACCGUUAUUAGGAGAACGUUGUGAGCUCUUUGAAAAGUGUGGCUCUUAUAAUUCCCUAUGUAAACAUAAUCGAUGCGAAUGUUAUGCAUUCUAUGAAGAAAACGAUGGUCAAUGUCAACCGAGAUAUUUGGGACAAUCAUGCAGAAUAGAUAAAGAUUGCUGGAGAAUAAAGUACGCUGUAUGUUCUGAAGAUAGUAAAUGUACUUGCCUACCCCAAUUCGUUAGGACAGACCAGUCAACGUGUCGACCACUUCUAAAUGGAUUUUGUGACAACAGUGAAGAAUGUCUUACAAAUAAUUCUAGUUGUAUUGAUAAUCAUUGUCAAUGCGUGGGUGACUUUGCAGCGCAAUCUUAUGAUCGCUGUUUACCAACGCAUUUGUAUAGGUCUUGUAAUUAUGAUUUCGAUUGUUAUAAAAUAUGGGGGGCUGAAUGUUUUGAUAAGAAGUGUGUCUGUCAAAAUAAUUACAUUUCUCUUAAUGAAACAACUUGUUCUUUACCUAUCGGUGGAAUCUGUACCAUAGAUGAAGAAUGCCUAGUCGAAAAUUCGAUUUGUAUUGAUAAAAAAUGUCAAUGUAGACCUUACUAUGACUCAAUAUCUAAAAAUGAAUGUAAACCAGCACUGAUUUUGAUUCCUUGUUUUGCAAAAUCAACUGACACAAAUAUACAUGGCUGUAAAUACAAUAGCGAUACUUGUAAUCCAUAUUUGGCAAAACCAUGCUGUGAAAAAAGCGACGUAUGUCAACGGGGAAUAACAAAGAUGACAUUUUAUUGCAUGGAAGCAGAUGUAUUAGGUAGGUCUUGUGACAUCGAUCGGGAUUGUUACAAAAUAAGCCACGCCAUAUGUUCAAAAAAAAAAUGUGUUUGUAAAUCAAAUUAUGUUCCACGUGAAAACGAUUCAAUAUGUUUGCCUUUAUUGGGAGAAAAUUGUGAGUCAUAUGAAAAGUGUUGGCCUAAUAAUUCUAUUUGUGUGGAUCAUCAAUGUGAAUGCAUCGCUUCCUAUGAGCAAGUUAAUGGUCAAUGCCGACCGAGUUAG